UCAACAAAGAGAAGAAGAAGAAAAGAAUCCAAAAUCAAUCAAUUUUCAAACAUUAAGCGACGAAAAAGUAUAUUCGAGCAGAGCACCAUGGGAAUCUGUAUGUCUUGUGCAUCUUAUAGUAAUCCUGACGAAAGCAUUAUCCAUGAUACAUAUGAAAAUGCAGUUAUUAUAGAUUCCAGGUCUGACAGAACCCCAAGUUUGAUUGGUUCUGUUUAUUCGCAGAAAGGUGAUAAAGCAACAAACCAAGAUUCUUCCAUACUUCAACAGGGUUUUGCUAUGAAUGAUGGAGCUUUAUGUGGAGUAUUUGACGAACAUGGAAUGAAUGGUCAUGUCGCGAGUAUAUUAGUCAGAGAAUUGUUGCCCAGUUUAUUGUUAGACCAAAAGAAAUCGAUUUCUUCGUCGACUGAUGGGAAUGAUUAUGUCGAGGAGUGGAGUAAAGCUUGUGUUGGUGCUUACCAAGUGAUGGACGAUGAACUUAAAAGUCGUCGAGAGAACUUGGAUUUUUCUUGCAGUGGAACUACUUCUGUUACCGUCAUAAAACAGGGUGAAGAUCUUGUUAUUGCUAAUCUUGGUGAUUCGAGGGCCGUAUUAGGGACUAGUUCUGACAAUGGUGAAUUUAUGGCUGUUCAGCUGACAACUGAUCUAAAGCCUAGUGUAAUAGAGGAAGCUGAAAGAAUACGGAGCCGUAGAGGUCGAGUAUUCGCACUUCAAAGAGAAGCUCAUAUUGAACGUGUAUGGUUACCUAACGAGGAUUACCCUGGACUUGCCAUGACAAGAGCUUUUGGAGAUUUCGAGCUCAAGGAUUAUGGAAUAAUAGCCACUCCACAAAUCUCACAUCAUCAUUUAAACAUCAAGGACAAGUUCGUUGUUCUUGCAUCUGAUGGGGUGUGGGAUAUGCUAAGUAACGAUCAAGUUGUGUCCAUCAUGUCCUCGUCAAGGCCAGAAACAGCGGCCAAAGCAGUAGUAGAAGCCGCUGUUGCUGGAUGGAAGCGAUUUCCGCAUCUUAAAAUGGAUGAUAUCUCUGUAUCUUGCAUGUUCUUCCAUGAGAUACCACAGAAUCUGUAAACUAAUAGCUAAAUGAUGUACCAGAUGUUUAGCACUUACAUGACCUUUCAGCAUUCUCUAGCGUGCCAGAUUUUCCCUGGUAGACUGUAAUCUUGAUCUUACUUGACAAAUACAGUUUCUA